AUGAAGGGGCUCCUCUUCCUUUCCCGGGCUCUGUUCAACCUGAGUUACCGUCAAGCCAGGCGAAAAGCUGGAGUUGUCGGUUCUCGGUGCGGGUUUUGCGGAACUGUGUCUGUUAGCAAGCCUCAGCCGGGCUUUGGCCUACUGUUUGACAUCGAUGGCGUAAUUGUCCGGGGAAAGAGGCUGAUCCCUGCAGCAAAAAAGGCAUUUCAGAAACUGGUCAACUCUCAGGGACAAUUUGCGGUGCCGGUUGUAUUUGUCACCAAUGCAGGGAAUUGCCUCAGACAAACAAAAGCAGACCAACUCUCUCACAUCUUGGAAGUACCUAUCACCCAAGAUCAGGUCAUCAUGUCCCAUAGUCCUCUGAGAAUGCUCAAGAAAUACCACGAGAAGUGUGUUCUUGUGUCUGGACAAGGACCAGUGCUGGAUAUUGCUAAAAACUUGGGUUUUGAGAAGGUGGUUAGCAUUGAUAUGCUAAGAGAGUCAUUCCCAUUGCUGGACAUGGUGGAUCACAACAGGAGACCCAAACUACCGUCCACUCCUGUUGGUAACCUCCCUAAGGUUGAAGCUGUGAUCCUCUUUGGCGAGCCCAUCCGGUGGGAGACCAACCUGCAGCUGAUUGUUGACAUUCUGUUGACCAAUGGUAAUCUCAGCAGUGUCCAUCAAACCCAGAUAUUGCCCCACCUCCCCCUAUUGGCCUGCAAUAUGGACCUCAUGUGGAUGGCCGAGGCUCCGGCUCCACGGUUUGGCCAUGGGACAUUCCUUGUGUGCCUAGAGAACAUCUAUAAGAAAAUAACAGGAAAAGAGGUGAAGUACGAGGCUCUAAUGGGGAAACCGAGUGAGCUGACUUACCACUUUGCGGAGUACCUCGUCAGGGCACAGGCCAUGGAAAGACAAUGGAAACUUCCCAUCACUACUCUCUAUGCUAUAGGGGAUAACCUCAUGACUGACAUAUAUGGCGCCAACCUAUACAGCCGCUACCUGGAAGAGAGGGUCACCAGGAAGAACCUCAAAGCUGUUGCCAAGAUGGCCACUGCCACAGGCUCCACCACUGCUGUUCCCCAGGAUGAAGAGGUAGACAACCCCUGGGAGAGUGAGCUUGCGGCACCAUCUGCUACUUGUUGUAAGUCCAUCCUUGUCUGCACAGGGGUGUACAACCCCAACACAGAGGUGCCCCCCGAUGCCAACCACUGCAUCAAAGAGACUGUGUUCCAUGGCCACCGGGACUUCCACUUUGACCCUGCACUGGUGGAGCCAGGUUAUGUUGUGCAGGAUGUAGCGGAAGCUGUUGACCUAAUUUUUACGCAGGAAAAGUUUGUGCCUCAGUAGAUGUUUAAGAGGAAUGUCUGCUGUGAUCAU